AUGCAAGCGGUAGUUGAGGUAGCUCCUCUAAACUUGAGCAUCUUGGGUGCCAAUGGUGCACCAGUGAGCUUGUCAGCCGACUCAAGUCGAAGAGUUUCUUUGAGGACACGCCCUGAGAAGAGCUCCGAACCUCCUACUCCGAGCUCUCCACGGACCCGUUUAACACGGAAAAGAGCUGCUUCGUUGGACCUUAUUGAUGCGACGCAUACAAAAAUAGGAGAUCUUGCUCUCAACAGUGCGAGCACGCCGACACCCUCGGUAGCUAAUCCGACAAGAGAGCAAGUCUGCCUUUGUCAACCCGAUCCCAAGAUACCUCGGCCUCGAAACGCUUUCAUACUUUACCGUCAACACUACCAAGCCCAGAUUGUCGCACAACAUCCUGGACUUGCAAACCCUGAAAUCUCAAAGAUCAUCGGCGAACAGUGGCGAGAACAGGCUUCGGAAGUUAAAAGCGAGUGGAAAAAGUUAGCUGAGGAAGAGAAACAGCGUCAUCAGCGUCAAUAUCCAGGAUACCGAUACCAACCUCGACGAGCAGGCAAAGCAAACGGUGUUCGCCCUGUUUCAUCGUCUUCUGCCGACGAUCUAGUACGUUGUCCAAAGUGCAACGGCAGAUAUAUCUCCACCCCAAGUACCCCUCUCACUCCCUUUACGCCAGCAUUCGGGACGUCAAACGCCCGAAAAGAUCGACUCUUGCCUCCUUUUACGUCAUCCGGGACGAACGAGGUUGAAAGACCUCGCUAUUCUUCGCAGAUGCAGAACGCGAGGAUGGAAACUCCACGGAUGGCCCCGCCACCGCAGCAGCUUCAUCGACGAGCACAAUACCCACAGACUCAACAAUUACCGACCCAUCAUGAGCUGGAUGAAGAGAUGGAGCUUUUAAGCCCAUCGCAAGACCAGAAACGUCGAAGAUUCAAUAACGACGCUCACAGGUUUAACAUUGAACCUCACCGUGGUUACCCAUCAGCAUCUCCGAUAUCCUACUCUGCGCCCCAAUCAUUUGGUCGUAGCGUUCCACAGAGCCCUUACAGACAGCAGCAGCUUCCAGGUCCAGGCAUGCUGGCUCGGGCGGGACCCAUGGGACCACCUCUACAGCAGUCACCUAUGAGCCAGCUCCAAAGACACCAAUACCCAACCCGGUCAACCUUCGACGAGUCGCUUCGCUUACCUCCUUUACAAACUCAACUCCGUAACUCAACACCUAUAUCCGCUCAAAGACCAGACAGUCAACUUGACAGCCGUGACAGUCAGGCAAGAAGCGUGGAAGCAAUGGUCAUGACGAUCCCUUACCUUAACAAAAUCAAAGUUCUCACCAAGAUCUCUCCACCGCUACCACCCCCCGGCCCUGCUAGCCCGGCGCAAGAAACUCGCGGCGCCGUCAUUGUCAUCGAAAGUGCAGACAAAGAACUACUAGCCGAGACAGGAGACUACAUAACCUCUCACCUCUCGCAAGACACCUCCUGCGCUGUCAAGACUUGGGGUACCUCCCCAUCUCGUCUGGCCUCCAUCUCUGCCCCUAAAGCAGUUGCAGAUGUAGAGAUGAGCGACAGCGGCGGUGCAGCAGUCCCUACACCUCUGUCUUCGAUCCCAGAGGAGAAGGAUGCGUUUGUUGAGUACCUCGGCAUUAUCUCAGACUGGCAUACCAAGUCCCGCGAAAUGAUAAAAUACAUCACUACCUCCCCAAGCCCUGCCUCUUCCGCAAAGGCUCUGCCAAUCGCCAUAGUUCCUGCAGGCUUCUCUCUCACCACGUCAGACGCCUUCGCCCUGUCCAUUCCUAUCGAAGACUCCUACGCACCGGUGGACCACUGGCAAUGGAUGGCCACGCUGUGGCGCGGCAUCGUGGGCCCAGAUCUUACGGUGUAUGUAAGCCGUGUAGGCAGAGAGGAGAUGGCCAAAUUUGGAGGCGUAGAAAUCAAGGGCGAUUGUAAUGCUAUUAUUGUUAGAGUGCCGACUGGGGAGGGCGUAGAUGAAAAGACGAGGAGGCGGUUGGGCUUCGAGGUGAUGGAGUAUGUCAGGGGUGUCGAGAGUGGCUUCGGUAGGAGCCAAGGCGGAUAG